AAUAUCUUUUGCUAUAUUAAUUCGCCUUGAACAUUUUCGAGAAUGUAGCUAGUCAAUUGAGGCCGUAGGAAGAAGAAUUGUGAGAAGAACUUAAAGUUUUCCUUUUGUCGAUCCAAAAACAAUGGAGAAGCAUACACUUGUUUGGUUGCCAAGAAACAAACAAAUCGCAGCCAACCCCAAGAAAAAUACACAAAAAUUUCAGGUGGGUCAACCGGAAAACAAUUGUAUUUGGAACCCAUUUCCAGUUUCGACGACUUACCGAGGAAUUUGGAAGUUCUCAGAUUGGGCUCUGAGAUCGAGGUUAUGGAAUUUGGACCAUGCGAGGAGAUCAUUUCCAGGACCAAUUGGACCAGGAUUCACCAAUCUUGGGUGCUGUGGGACUCCAUGACCCCAAAGGAUGAUGGCGAAGAAAACAGGCUAAGCUUAAUUUCCAUCUAAGUGUGUGGAGAGACCUUGGUUCUCAGUUCUCAUCAUGUUUAAAAUGGAAAAGCGCAUCCAGCGCCAGGGCUCCAAUCUGCAGUUUAACAAGAACGUUCCAGGCUGCUUCUGGACCAUAUUCCACACUGUUGACCACCAUCGUUGGCAUAACGUUAAAAAGAUGCUUCCUUACAAAAAGCAUUCAAGAAACAAGGGAGGUCCAAAAUCAACUCGAAACAACCACCACGUUGCCAAAGUGUCAGGACAAAGUAAUGAUGGAAACAACCCUCUAAUGUGUACUGCAGAGAGUUGUCCUAUUGGCAGAAAACCUGGAGAAGCCCAUCUAAAUGAAGUGAUAGCUCAAGAGAUGUCAGAGGAAGAAAGCCAAAAGUUUUGGAAAUUGAAUUCCAGUUCAAAGCGAAGGUUGAUUCGAACACAGUCUAUACAUCAUAUAGAGUCUUCAUAUUAUUCUCCAGGAUAUAGUGAUGAAAAUGGAGACAACAGAAUCACUUCUCGACAGAAAACUCCUGUGAAAUUAGCUGCAUCUGGAAUGAGGAGUAUUUCUCUGAGUGCCAUGGAUAACGAGGACUACAUUAUCCAGAGAAAAUUUGAUAUUCGUUUGCCUUCUUUUACAAAAAAAUCUAAUGGAGUAAAGAAAAACUUAGAAGCUAACAAGAUCAAGAGAAAUGUUUCCUGUCGCUCAUUUAAGGCAGACGCUCAUAUACAAGAGAUAUUUAAGGCAAAUAGAAAACUUUUUGCUGAAUUGUUACAGGGUGCACGUAGUAAAAACACUCUCCAAACCUCACAAAAUAAGAAGUCCUCGGCAAGUCUAGCAAAAUCAGGGUUCUUUCCUGCUCCUGGUUCAGCACAAAAAGGAUACAAAAAACUUAGCUCACUCCUACACAAGCAGAGUGAGUCCUAUCCAAAACAAAAAUCUAAUUCUCCCCACCCAUCAGAGCUGGUUGAAUCUGAAUCUCCCAAGAAUUUUCAUGAAGAUAUGUCACCUCAUGAUUCUGAUAGUACUUCACAUAACAUAAAACAACAAACAACCCCUUCUUCUUCAGGCUUGAAUCGUGGGCUUAGGCGUGGAGGGUGGAAUCAGUUGGUUGUCAAGCGUUUCAAUUUUAUUAAGCAGAAAAUAAGGUGCUCACUCAAGGAGAGGAAGAGGGGAAAUCACCAGAAAACAUCUAAAGGAAUACCAACCGUGCAUUCCUCUGGACAUGAACUUCCCCUUCACGGAGAAGAGGCUCGAGAAAGUAUAGGAACUCCCACUAGUGAAAAUGUCUCGGGCACUAGAGGAUACAGUGAGACUGGUGAGAAUGAUAAUCUCAGUAAUGGAGUUCAGACCAAGACAGCUAUUGCUUCACCAAAUGCUUCUCUGGAAAGAUAUUCUCAACGUUCUGAUGGCUCAGGAAUUAUAGGAGGAUACAGUGAGACUGAUAAUUCUGGGAAUGAUAAUCUCAGUAACAACGUUCAAAUCAAGACAGGAACUGCUUCAUUAAGUGCUUCUCUGGAAAUAUAUUCUAAACUAUCUGAGGACGGUUUCAAUAAAAACAGAGAUGCAAAGUGUUAUCACUCACAAAGCUUUAGGCUGAUUAGUGGGGAAAAGAUACCAAAUAUAGAGGGGCCUAAAAAAAACUUUGGAAGGAAUCUUUCUUUUUCUGGUAUUGAUCUCUUCUGUACAUUAUUUACUGACCCUCCUCAUGCUGUUUCUCGCACAAAAAAACCAAAGAGGGGUUUGGAGCACUCGAGUACAUAUAAUAAUAUUCAAACAGAUGAGAAUCCUGCCCAUCUAUUAACCGCACAUGUAUCUAAACCAUUGGAUAGCGAUUCAUCAAUUAUUAUAGAAGAAGGGGAUGACAAUGUGCCUGUUGAUUAUUCAAGUAGUUUAAACGAGGUCAUAAAUGAUGAGGGAACUGCCUGGGUAUAUGAGCACGAACAGAAAAUAGCUCAUCCAGAUAUAUCAAAUGGUAAACAUGAUCAAGUAUCAGGUAGUGAAUGCAUAGUUGAAGAUGUCAGGGAGAUCGUUGAUCAUGUUAGUGAUCUUUCACACAUCAAUCAAGUCUUAGAACUUGAAACUUUUUUUCAAGAUGAUGAAACUUCGUACCUCUCAGACUCAGUAGGUGAAAUACUAGAUCCUUGGUGCAGUAUUUAUGAGCUUGAACUUUCUGAUGACCAACCUAAUGAGGCCAGAACAGAAGCUUUGCCAGCUUAUGAAACCACUGUCAGUGAGAUAAUUGAUGAUGCUGAAAAGAAAUCUUUCUAUCUCCAUCUGCAUUCUGAUUAUGCCGACUUCAACUAUAUGAGGUAUAUUCUUCAGCUCUCCAGCAUUAUCGAUGGUGAUCACACAAUAGAGCAACCUCUUAAUUCUUUAACAUUUGAGGAAGAGGAGGCUUACUUUUACAAAAAACUUGAAUGCUAUUGGGGGAAGGUUGACAAGGAUUCUGAUCAUCAACUUCUGCUUGAUUUAGUUUAUGAGACAUUACAUAAUAUGUAUGAAAACUCAUUCACUGGUGUCCUGAAAACUUUCUCCUCGAUGCACCAAAUCCGUCCAAUGCCACUUGGGCAAUAUCUUCUCGAAGAGGUUCAAGAAAAAGUUGCCUGGUACCUGCGCUUGGGACCAGAACUAGACCAAUGUUUAGACGAUGUGGUGGGGCGAGAUGUAAAUAAAGGUGAUGAUUGGAUGAACCUCCAACCUGAAACAGAAUUCAUAUCCCUUGAUCUGGAAGAUAUGAUUCUUGAUGAACUUUUAGAUGAAGUAAUAAGUUUUAAGGAAUUUUUUGGUUAGAUCUUGUUGAUAUUGUAUAGUGGCAAUCUUCAAAUCUGUGUACAUAUGUCCAACAUCAGAGAGUUAUUGCUAAGGUCCAAGUAGGUGAAAAUGUAAAGAGAAAAUAGAAACAAGCAUAGAUUGUUUUCUUUUUUGACUUCCCUAAACAGGGGGAGGGUAAUGGAUCUUGAGAAUUUUUAAUCUCAUGCAAUUAUUUACACAUUUGUAUUGGAAUACUCUUCUUUUUGUGUGUGUGUGAAAAACAAUCACUUUUGAGUUA